UCUGAUAUGCAUAUGCCAUCACUUCACGUUGAGAACGAUUCCGAGGCACCACCGGCGCCGGAGGACUACAUCAAUGAUGGCUCUGUUGGAAGUUUCGCAAGGUUCAUAAACCACAGCUGCAACCGUAACCUCUUCGCCCAGUGUGUCCUAACAAAUCACCACGACGUCAAGCUACAAAAGGUAGCACCUGACAUCGACAGCUAUGACAUCAGGAACUCCCUCGCAGUUGUCGAAUACCUCGCUGAAAUUUAUAGCUUCUACAGACGGACCAAGUUGAGUUGUGAACCCCCCACCUACAUGACACACCAAACUGAUAUCAAUGAGAAAAGGCGUAUUUUUCUGAUUGACUGGUUGAUUGAGUAUGCAGGUGCCGUACAAGCUUGAGCUACUGGGUGAAACACUAUUCCUUGCUGUCAACAUCAUUGAUAGAUCAAUGCAUAGAAAAGUAUGUCUCAAGUUUUCUCUUGAAUGGAACCUGCAAGUUUCUCAUCUGUUUAAUGAAGCUUACCUUGAAAAGAAUUAUAAAUACUACAGGAAGGAGAGUAAGAUAAUGACAGUUCAUUGGAAUAUGGAUUUUGAGAGGAUAUAUAUGGGUUUUGCUCUCUGUAAUUACAUAUUACUUUCCUUGCUGAUGCUAUUGCUCAUGUUAUAAAACUGGUCUACAUCGCACACAUGGUUUCCAGCAAAGAAAACAGUGUCAUGAUUUAUAAACUAGGCUUGUGUGCUCAAGUAAUA